GCAUAUGCCUCUUCUGCAUGAGCUACGGCAAUGGCCCUUGGGUCACCGCUCAGCUGAGCGACGAGUUCUUUGCAUACGUCUACAAGAACCAGCAAAAUGGGUUGAAGGACUUGUUACGGCACUGGCAAAAGCCACUCUGCGACAGCGAGGCGAUGGAGCUAAUUUUGAGUAUGCUGAACGUGGAUCCUCUUUCACGACCAAGUGCAGACAAAUGCUUGCAGAGUGGUUGGCUGAUGCAGAUGGCUCACAGUCCCGUCCCACGACAUCAGCAGUCUUGUGCGAUGAUUGUUUGA